AUGGCGGAGCUACAGAUGCUGCUGGAGGAAGAAAUUCCUGCGGGACGGAGAGCGUUACUGGACAGCUUCACCAACCUGGAGAGAGUGGCGGAAUACUGCGAAAGCAACUAUGUCCAGUCUGCAGACAAGCAGCGAGCGCUGGAGGAGACCAAGAGUUACACCACCCAGUCUCUGGCCAGCGUCGCCUACCUCAUCAACACGUUGGCCAACAACGUGCUGCAGAUGCUGGACAUCCAGGCCUCGCAGCUCCGCCGCAUGGAGAGCUCCGUCAACCACAUUUCACAGACCGUCGACAUUCACAAAGAGAAGGUGGCGAGGCGGGAGAUCGGCAUCUUGACCACCAACAAGAACACGUCCCGCUCGCAUAAAAUCGUCGCUCCGGCCAAUCCGGAGAGACCGGUGCGCUACAUCAGGAAGCCCAUCGACUACAGCGUGUUGGACGACAUUGGACAUGGAGUCAAGUGGUUGUUGAGGUUCAAGGUGAACGGCCAGCAGAACAUGAAACUAGGAGGCGGUCUGUCCCGGUCCAACCCCCCCACCCAGAAACCGCCCAGCCCUCCGAGGGCGGGCAAGGGCAUCUUAGGGAAGAACUCCCCCUACAGAACCCUGGAGCCAGUGCGCCCCCCAGUGGUGCCCAAUGAUUAUGUCUCCAGCCCCACCAGAAACAAUAUGGCCGCCGGGCAGCUUCCCAGUCCGGCCCGCACCGCCACCCUCAACCAUCGACCCCGAACAUACAGUGGUAGCAGUGGAGGCAGUCACCCCAGCAGCAGCAGUCGGAGCAGCAGCAGGGAAAACAGCGGCAGCGGCUGUGUGGGAGUUCCCAUCGCCGUGCCGACGCCCUCCCCACCCUCCACCUUCCCAGUUUCCCCGACUACUGGACCAGCUAGCUCCUCCUCUACCGCUCCUAACUCCUCCCCCUCCCCCUCCCCGACUCCUUCCUCCUUCUCCUCCUCCUCCUCCACGACAACCUUAACACAACCCAACGCAUCCUUGCCACCAAACUCACCCGCACAUCCUACUGACUCCACUCCUCAAUCAAACUUACAAUCAAACACACCCGCCAACACUUCCCCGCCCUCUAACCCCGCCCCCGGCACAGCUGAGCUCCAAUCCGGUGUUUUUCCCGGAGAAGUGUCUCCCCUCCUUCCUCCUGCUCCUCCUCCUCCUCUCUCCUCCUCCUCCUCCUCCUCUUCACCUGCUGAAGGUCCUAUUGUCCCUCAGUUCUACAGCAUGAACCGACCUCAGCCACGACAGCAGGCUCCACAGGUGGGGGGGUCACUGCCGUACCGCCGCCCCCCCUCCGUUACCGGUCAGCCAAUCGUAACACAGAACCAGGUCAACGGUGGUCCGUACUACAACCAGAGCCCAGCCUCCCCACCUCCCCCCUCCCUCCUCCAGUUCACCCCUCAGCUUCCUCUGAUGGGUUUUGUUGCUCGAGUUCAGGAGUCCAUUUCAGACGCCCCUCCUCCCCCUCACCCUGCUGCUGCUGAGAGCCAAUCAGGGCCUGAGGAGCCCCCGCCUACUCCUCAGCCAUUGGAGGAUGGACAUGAAGAGGAGGACUCAGCAGUGGUGGAGUACAGCGACCCGUACGCUGAAGAAGACCCGCCGUGGGCCCCCAGAAGCUACCUGGAGAAAGUGGUGGCCAUCUACGACUACACCGCCGACAAAGAGGACGAGCUGUCGUUCCAGGAAGGAGCGAUCAUCUACGUCAUCAAGAAGAACGAGGACGGCUGGUAUGAAGGAGUGAUGAACGCCACCACCGGCCUCUUCCCCGGGAACUACGUGGAGUCCAUCAUGCACUACGCCGACUGAGGAAGAAGAAGAAGAAGAAGAGUGUUUGUCUUGUUUGUUGACUCGCUCCUCUGUCGUCUCUCAGCUGCAGUUCAGCGUCUUGGAUCUGAACGAAAAAGGGAAAAACUGACUCGUUCCUACACUAACCAAUCACAAGCAAAUCAGAGCCUGUGAACAGAAAUCAUUGGUUCACUAAUAUUUUAUUGUGAGUAUGUGACAGGAUCUGAUUCCAGCUGAUCCCUCUCUGUCUACCCACAGUUCUUUGCUGGUUCAGAUUAUGUUUUAAAAUAAUGAAUCUGCAGUUCUCUUGUUAGAAGAAGACUGAGGCAUUUUCAGGCGUCUUAAUGUUAUUUGGUGAGAGUUUGGUGUGAAGGUGGCGAACAGCUCUAUGAUGGAAAGCUAAAAAAGAACAUAGAGAUGUGUUUUUUAAAUUUAGUUUUCUUAUGAUCAGAAGAAAUUCAUUUUCCUUGAACUCACUAAAUAAUCAGUGUUACCUGAACUCACAGACUUAUCAGCAUCUUUGUCCGUCCAGAAUAAACGUCCAUAAAUCAACAUUCUCCGUCCCAGAGGAAACUGUGACGUGACACGUGACACGUGUUUGUGUCGAAUCCCAGAGUUUAAAAAGACAGAUUUGAAGGAAACUAUGCAAAAACCACCUUUGCACAAAACACUGAGUCCAGAUAGAGAUAUCAUUAUUUCCCCUCCCCCCUCUUUUUUUUCUUCCUUCCUUUCUGUUUGGCUUGAAACACUUUGAAUAUCCUGUCUUUUCCUGUCUUUGGCCUUUUUAUUUUUGACUUGUGUUAUUAGUCAAUCAAGGAGAAAUCAUAUCGUCACUACUUAAUCACACAAAUACUUAAGUCUGGUUUACUGAUCAUUGAUCGUUAAAAAUGGUCCAUGAUUAUUUAAAGUAAACUAAUGACAAAAUGUUGGGAAGGAUAUUUCUGUUAUUUGUGGAUGAAAAUGGCUUUAAAGUUAUAUUCCUUGAAAUUUAAGUCCUGGUUGAUGUGGUGACACCUGUGGUUACCAUGGUAACAGUAGUGUGGUCAAGUUGAGCAGCUGAAUCUGUUUCCAGUGCAGCCAAACAAACUCAACGAUCAUCACAACCUCCUUCUGACUUCCUGCUGCGCACUCAGCCACACAACAGCAGGACACAGUGAGAGCUGGAGGUGUGCAGUCUGUGACUGCUUCAAAAUAAAAGCCCCCCUGUGUGUGUCCAGAUAAAGUCUUUUAAAGUGAAGCAGCAGCGGCAGGAAAUGCUGUUUACAUGAGCAGUAACUGAAUCCAGCUGUGAUCC